AUGGCGACUAGCUCAAGUAGUAGUAACUAUUCGACCGACAAUAAACCUGUAAUGGAGAGUGAGUUGAAUAGGCUCUCAAAAGAGAAGAGCCCUUAUUUACUGCAACAUGCAAAUAAUCCUGUUGAUUGGUAUCCAUGGGGUGAAGAAGCUUUUGAAAAAGCUCGAAAAGAAAAUAAAUUGAUUUUCUUAAGUGCUCAUGAAUCGUUCGAAAAUGAGGCUAUUGCAAAGAUUAUGAACGAACAUUUUGUGAAUGUGAAAGAAACGCAUCCUGAUGUGGAUCGUAUGUACAUGCUCUUUGUGCAAUCCAUUUCUGGAAGUGGAGGAUGGCCAAUGUCGGUUUUCUUAACCCCCGAAUUAUAUCCCGUAUUCGGUGGAACCUAUUUUCCUCCAGAUGAUCGAUAUGGCAGGACUGGUUUUGCCUCAUUGCUCAAACGGAUGGCUGAAUUGUGGAAGGAACAACCUGACAACUUAAAAAAAGCCGGUACAGAUGCACUAGAGCAACUUCGAGAAUACACAACAUCUAAAGGAGAAAGUAGCACGAAGUCUGCAGAACUAAAUAUGAAAAUAUCACAAAAAUUAUAUCAUUAUUUCGAUACUAGAUUUGAUGGUGAACUAGGCGGAUUUGAUGGUGAACCAAAGUUCCCGACUCCAGUUCAAUUUCAUUUUCUACUUCGUUACUAUUAUUAUAUACUUGCGGACAUUGACAGAGCGGAUGAAAGACUUGCUAUAAUGUCAAUAAAUGAAAUUCGUAGUCGUGGUGCAGUUUUGGGUGUCGAUUUUAAGGAUUGUGACAAUGAAGCACAGUUUUUAAACAAACUUAAAACGGUCGUGACAAGUCGUAAACAAGUUGCAGAAAGAUGUUUAGAAAUGGUUACAUUCACUUUAAAGAAAAUUGCUAUGGGUGGGAUUCAUGAUCACGUCGGAAAUGGAUUUCAUCGUUACUCAACAGAUAAAUAUUGGCAUGUCCCGCAUUUUGAGAAAAUGCUUUACGAUCAAGCGCAAUUGCUGAUGAGCUUUGUCGAAGCUUAUUCUAUCACGAAAGAUCAAUAUUUUGCUGAGGUGGCACGUGAUAUUGUAACAUAUGUUGAAAGAGAUCUAAGAGAUUCUGAAGGUGGUUUUUAUUCAGCUGAAGAUGCUGAUUCUUAUCCCGUUGAAGGUGCUAAACACAAACUUGGUGAGGGUGCUUUUUGUGUAUGGGAAAU